ACAAAAUUAAGAGCAUCUUUCAAGAGCUUCAGAACGGAACUGUCGCCUUGAGUUCCACAACUCUAGAACCUUUUGGACAGUACACCGCCAGCAGCAUGAUCUUCAGAGCCAGCUUCCCUCUCCUCUCUGCUCUCCUCAUCUGCUGUGGAGCAACCACAGGUACAGAGGGCUCAGAACAGGAGGUUGAGGUGCACUCUCUUGAUUUGGCCACAGAGAGUGAUGUGGGGAACAGUACGGGGACUUGCCCUCAGUACUGGACUCCUUAUGUUACCCGCUGUUUCAAGUUUGUCUCCAAAGCAAGAACUUGGGCCGAAUCUGAGCGUUACUGUGUGAUCAUGGGAGGGAACCUUGCUUCGGUGCACAGCACAGAUGAGUACAGCUUCAUCCAGGAAGUGAUCCGCAAACACACUGAUGGCACUCCUCGUACUUGGAUCGGAGGAUGUGAUGCUGCUCAGGAGAAAUUGUGGCUUUGGAGUGAUGGGUCCAGGUUUGACUACACUUACUGGUAUCAGGGCAUGCCUGAUAAUUUAGGUGGGGGAGAGCAUUGUAUCGAAAUGAAUUUUAGAGGUUUACAACACUGGAAUGAUGUUCCAUGUAAGGGUACGCUUCCAUCAGUGUGUGCUGUCCAGAGUGUGUGAAACUGGAGGAGCUGACAAGAAAUCCUUCAAUUUCAAGCUCAAAAGCAAAACCCACUGCCCUAAACAGAGAAUGGGAUGGUGGUAGUACAAGCUUCAAAUAAUAAUUAAAUAAAUUGCUUUGCAUGCAGUA